AUGACAGAAGCCUUUCCCGUUGAUACUUUGCCGCACCCCAACGACGGUGGCCACAUGCAUAUGUCGUCAAUGUCAUCAUCGUCUUCGAUAUCCGACGCAGAACACGAGCGCCGAGGCCGAUCAGAACGUCCGCGAAUGGCGAGCCGCAAACCCAGUGCUUCAAUCCUUGUCCCGAGGGACCACCCUGAAAUUGAAAUUGAGGAGGAAGAGUUCCCCCCCGACGAUGCCCGCGCAAUGAGUCCACGACGCAAUUCUGCCGACCUAGAGCGUUUAGGCAAGGAGGCCCGACAGACCCUACAAGAAUCCAAGAUUCCGGCAGCUAACCAGAUGAACUCGGAAAAAUACAGACAGGCCAAGGCUCUCCAAUCGUCCCUUCAAGCUCUCGCCGAACGCAUCGACGCGGUCAAAUCGGACCAUGACAAGUUGGAAAACGAGAACAAAAUCUUACAAGACUACAUUGGGGGUCUCACUCGCAACAUGACCAAGAGCGAAAUGACCCGCAGUACGAAAGCACGCAAAGCACAAAAAUAA